AGUGAUUCCCAAGGACCGCGAACACCUCCUCAUAGAUAAGAGUAAAAGCUGAAGGUAAAUGAUCGUGCCCUCAGUUGUCCUUGUCUAAGGCAUUUAGUGACUCGUUUUUCCAGGACUCUAAGAGGUUCUGCAGGGCUCUGUGGUAGGGGCUGUUUCAGGAAUGCAGGGCGCUUUGAUAAGAGAUCUGGAAGUAUGGGGGAUGCAUGCUCUCCUGUGCCAACACAUGGACUGGUGCUUUGAGCUUGGCUGGAGAAGGAGAGCGAGUGAGUGAGAGAAGGGGGUUAGAGAGAGAGAAGGGGAGAGAGUGAUUGGUGAUUCUGGAACUGUCUGCUCUACGCUGGCACAGCGCGGGCAGACGCAGUAAACAGUGGCAUCCUUUUUCAGCGUGCCUUCGACACCUGCAGGCAGGCCAGCGCUGCCUGCAAUCGCAGUGGAGAUGGAUGAGUUUCAUCCCUUCAUCGAGGCACUGCUCCCUCAUGUCCGUGCCAUAGCCUACACCUGGUUCAACCUACAGGCACGAAAGCGCAAGUACUUCAAGAAGCACGAAAAGCGAAUGUCCAAGGAUGAGGAACGGGCAGUGAAAGAUGAGCUGCUCAGCGAGAAGCCUGAAAUCAAACAGAAGUGGGCAUCCCGUCUCCUGGCCAAGCUGCGCAAGGACAUCCGGCAAGAGUACCGGGAGGACUUUGUGCUCAGUGUAACGGGCAAGAAGCACCCAUGCUGCGUUCUCUCCAACCCCGAUCAGAAGGGCAAGAUCCGCCGAAUCGACUGCCUGAGGCAGGCUGACAAAGUCUGGCGGCUGGACCUGGUGAUGGUCAUCCUGUUUAAAGGUAUUCCGCUGGAGAGCACAGAUGGGGAGCGGCUAGUCAAGUCCCCGCACUGCACCAACCCGGCACUUUGCGUCCAGCCCCACCACAUCACUGUCUCGGUGAAAGAGCUGGACUUGUUUCUGGCAUACUACGUCCAGGACCAAGACUUGCAACAGUCAGGAAGUCCUAGCAACAAUGAGCCUGGCAAGAACCCUCCAGUUUACUUGGAAGACAGCUUUGUUAAAUCAGGGGUCUUUAGUGUUUCGGAGCUGGUUAGAGUAUCCAGAACUCCUAUCACACAGGGUGCAGGAGUGAACUUCCCUAUGGCUGACAUGCCAAGUCAGCCAUAUUAUCAAGACCUGAACUCAGGAGUGAGUUUACACCGGUCCCUCUCGUCCCCUCAUGGCAGUAAGCGGCCUAAGACGAUCCAAGAGGACAGUAUGGAGACUAGUCCCACUGGGCCAGACUUCUACCCGUCCCCUAGUUCACCAGCCAGCAGACCCUGGCAUGAGAGAGACCAAGCAGACAUGUCCUCUCCCACCAUGAAGAAGCCAGAGAAGCCAUUAUUCAGCCCCACAUCUCCACAAGACUCUUCACCUCGGCUCAGCACCUUCCCCCAACAUCACCACCCAGGACUGACCACCGUUGGCCACAGUGUAAUUUCCACCAGGAGUCCACCUCCGCUGCAGUUCUCAGCCCCUGCCAUCCUUCCCCCGGCCCCCUCGCCCUACAUCUCUCAUGGCGCCAUCCGCUACCCGCCGCACCUCAACCCACCCGACUCCCUCAAGAACUACAUGCAGCCUUACGACCCGUCCAGCCCACAGAGCAGCCAGCCGAACAGCAGUGGCCAGGUACUGGGGAAAGUGCCCGGUCACUUCACGCCGGUGCUGGCCCCCUCGCCCCACCAUGGCACUGUCAGACCAGUGUCUCUCUCGAUGGCUGACACCAAGCCAAUCACCACAUCCUCAGAAGGUUAUUCUGCUCCAGGCACUCCCACUGCCAACCGUUUUGUGGGACUGAGCUCCAGAGACCCAGCCUUUCUUCACCAGCAACAGCUGAGGAUUUGUGACUGGCCCGUGAAUCAAAACAUCAGGUCAUAUGGCUCAGAGGAGGCUUUGGGGAUUUCUUGGCAAAGUCCUGGUACCUGGGCGAGCUUAAUUCCAUUCCAAGUGUCGAACGGGACUCCGAUUCUGCCAACAAAUGUCCAGAAUUACAGCAUAAACAUCAUUGGUGAACCCCUCCUCCAGGCAGAAUCAAGCAAUUAAAGGGGGCCUAAAAUUGGACCCAGGAGUGACAGGUCCUCGGACAAACCAGCAAGCAGCACUUAUACAAUCGACAUGGACCUUUGUCCCAGCCUCUCAAGGACAUUGGCUUAGCGCAGUAGAGUGAGUUGGGUCAAAGCGUUCUCUUCUGAUAUGAGCCACUCCACACCAGUCAGUCAUUGUGUAAGAAAGUCCCUGAACUGAGAUACUGUGAUCUUUACCAUACAAACUUUAGAUGCCUUACUGUAUAUGCAUGACAUGCUAGUCUCUUGUUAGUGUUUCUCUUGUUCUCAUGUCACGAUUACUAGUUUUACAAAAUGAUUUAGAAGGGGGCGAUCACACAAGGGCUGGCUGAUUGGAUGGUUUGUAAAGCAGGCUGCAAUUGGAAUGAACUAUCAUCAAACAAAGGCUCAUCGUAUUCGUUACAUAACCAUAGGAACAAUUUUCAAUGAACUGAAUGUUUCUAUUUUCAUAUUACCCUCAAAAUUUAAUUUGCCCAUGGUGCAAAAUCUUUUGAAUAUGUAAUCAUGUCAAUCUUGUACUAAUUUUCUUUAAAGGUAAAGGUUGGAAUUUCCUAUCCAGAGUUAAGAACUCUGAAAACUUUUUUUCCUUUAAGGAAAGAAAAAGCCUGAAUUACUAGGUAAGAAAUACUACCCUUUUUUAAUUUCCUUCGAAAACAAUUUUGAGAAAAAUAAGACAAUAUCUCACAAGAGGCAAGUGCAAUUUAAAUGAUUUUACUGAAGGGAAGCUAUCACAGUCUGUCUGCCCUAAGACUCUAAAGGAAUGGGGAGUAAAUGUUAACUAAAAAAAAAAAAAAAACGACAACAUUUUUAAAAUGAACCUAAAUCAUAAAAAAUAAAAAUUGCAUCCUUGAUUCGGGAUACUCGGGAAAGCUGAGGGUGGAAGAGAAAAGUGGGAUUGACAGCGAACGUUUACGUGAGCAUAACUGAACACGAACAAGACAGCACUUACUUUGAGCCGUACCCAAACAUGCGGGUAGUUUUUCUUCUUUUUAUUUAUUAAAAUGAAAACAUAAAGUCGAUGAAAAAAAAGACUCAGACACACAGUGUGUAUAAAAUGGCUUUUUUUUUUUUUUUUUUUUUUUUUACAUAUUACUCACCAAUCUAGUAUGCAUGUUUAGUCAGAUGUUGGCUUGUAAAGCUACUGUUUACAUUUGAUAUCAUGAGAAACAAGAGGAUUGCAGGCUGGUGAUGUGUAUGUGUAAAGCUGUACUCAUUUCAACACUAACUUGCAGGUUGAGGCGAGGUCUCAAGGUGCUUAUUUCAAACCCACUUUGGUAGUUUCAACUGUCGCAGUCCCAGAAAUCGAUGAUUGCUUCUGGCAUUUGCAAUGCCAUUGCCUCUCCAAUCAGACAUAUUUAUAUAAUUAAUCUUUCCAAUAAUCUUAAUUUGCACGAAAAUAUAUAGUCCACAUUACGUGCCUUGCGUUCGACUAUAGAAAACAUCACUACACUUGUUUUUGCUGCAUUUAUUACCGUUUUAGGGGAAAAAGUAACAUUUUUAUGAUGAUAAAUAUUUUGUACUCUGGAUGAAAUUGUGACAUUGAUUUUUAGCUUCAUUUACUACUUUAUCUCACAUUUACAUUGCGUAUCAAGGCUGUAUAGUUGCCGUUCUAAAGUUUAUAAUCAACCAGCAUUAUUAUUAUUAUUUUCUUUUUUCUCAGUAUUUUGGUGGUUGUCAUUUUUUGGUUUUGUUUGAAUUGUGUGUUGUUUGUUUGUUUUUCCAUCUUCCAGUCAUUAUUGGGGAGGGCGGGUCCAGAUUUAUAAGAAUUAUGCAAUACCACAUUUUGCCUAUAUACUGUAGGUAGUGCUUUUAGCUAUGUAGAUUAUUAGAAGCUAGUACAGAAAUACACAGUUUAAACAUUUAAUUUCUUUCUAUGUUGUUGUUGAUGAUGAUGUUGUUGUUGUUGACUGUUGUUAUUUUCCUUUCUUUCUUUUCUUUCUUUCUUUUUUUAUGGUCAUUGACCAAAGUGGGAACUGCUUUCUAUGCAGUAUGCGACAAGGUCUUUUUUCCCUUGAGUGUACCUAAAGGCAGAGAGGUGCAUGAGAGAUACGUUUGUUUUGUAUUCUCUGUAAGGGGAGGAUUUUUUUCUACACUUUGAAGCAUGUUUGCAAAGAAGGCACUAUUUGGUCUAAUAUGGCUGCAAAGUCACUGAUUUGUCUACUGUGACUAACAAACUCCUUCAAACUUCCUACCUGGGGUGCUAGUUUGACCUUCGGAAGAAGAUGACUUUCUUAGGGGAGACAGCUUGACUUGAGAGUGACAAUCACCGGCGAAUUAUGCACACUAGGGCAAAGUGUUAAAUACUGGCAUUUUUUUUUUUUUCAGAUAUAUUCCCUACCCUGUUCACCUUGUCCGGUUAACAAUGUAGCUAUAUGCAAUUCCCAAGUAAAUGCCUUAAAUUUUUACAAACAAGUGACUUGUUAUAAAAUGCGCUACAAUCAGUCACGCAAGUUACUGCGUGUUAGAUCUGUCACAAUCAGUAAAUUUCACUGUUUUUUAUUCUUCCCUUUGAAGUGUUAAAAUUUACAGCCUUAUUGACAUCAUAGUCCAUAGACGAAUACCCCCAUGGGGAGAAUCAAUUUUUUAAUUGAUCUCAAGUUAUAUGUAGUUAUUUUCAAUAUUCGGUGAAAGGGAACAACUUAAUGCUCUUAUGGUCUUGAGGAUCACAAAAAUAAAAAAAUAAAAAAAUGGUUUUGCACCUACAGCAUAUAGGCAAUCAUCCACCCAUAGUGUCUUUCAGUUAAACACAGAAGAAGAAGAAAAAAAAAACCUCAGGCGUUUUGCUUAAUAGGGCAUUACCAGCAUCAAUUAAUGGAUGGCCUCUUUAUAAUAACACUUCUUAUCACCAUGGUUUUAAAUUGUAGCCCUUAAAUCACUAUUCAGUCUGUUUCUGAGACCUCAAGUCAAGCUGAAUCUCUCCUUGUUCACCAAGAUGUUUUUUUUUUUUUUGUCAUAUAUGUGAUUAAGCUAGAAAAAAAGCCACCCCGUUCAAUGUGCACUGUUUCAGCUUUUUAUUGUUGUUCAUUUGCGAAAAAUAAGUGCUUUGCAGCCUUCUGGCCGUUGGCAGUGCCACUGAAGUGCAUUUCCUCCUGGAGUUGUGGGAGUGUCAGGGUCAUAGAGUCAUUCUCAUGCUGGAAGACGUGAAGGAGGCCAUAGGUAGGGGUCAUCUUGAUGGCCAUUGUAAUAGUUUGGCAAUAGCAAUAGUUUUCAGUAGUAGUCAGUAUGGGUUGAAAAUCAGCUCUGGCAGUUUUGUGCACUGUGUUUGUAGAUGAAUACGUCAGUGUGUGUUUCAAGAUGAUUCUGACACUAUGAGAGGAGAGUACAUGAGGCUCUUUCUAUUGAAAUACCUGCCUUGUUGACAAAAGUGUGUACACUGUAAAUUUCUCUUUCCCCGUUUGUAAAAAGAAAAACUUUUGACAUGUAUUCGUGAAUUUAAGUGAUGUCCAUAUUUUUUAGUGAAACACAAAAGCAUUCAAAAAAUACAAAACUGUUUUGACUUUAAAUUCGUGUUCUGACUUAACAGCUGUCCGAUACAGUACAUAAAAAGGUUGAAUAUGUAAUUCUUACUUCUUCUUUUUUUCCUGUACUUAUAAAGUGGAGUGAAUUCCUGUAUGGGACUGUAAAUGUUUAAAACAAAAUGAUGAAGGCCUUUUGUUGUUUUUUGUGUUGAGUAACUUGGAUCCUUGAGACAUUUCAUAAAUGUUUGAAGUGUUGUUUUGUUAGUGUGGCCAUAGAGUGUGUGUGAUGUGAUUAUGUGAUACUGAAAACAGGACAAGAUUAAUAAUGUUAAAAUUUGUAGGGUCAUUAUUUUGAUUAUUUUAUUAUCUUCUUUUAUUUUUUAUUUUGUUGUUGUUGUUGUUUUUGAUCCGUCGGGGAACUCCUAGUCACUUUAGUAUAAAGCCACCUGAUUUGAGUCUCCCAACAAAAAAUACCAGGGUAAUGUCGCUACACAACAUCACAGAUUGUUCUGCUGUCUUGUGCAAAAUAAAACGUGCAUUAUUUCCCCCAUCAAUAGAGGCUGACCCAUCACACCAUGUACAGAGAUUUUUCUGCUGUGCAGACACCGGGACGUAGGCACCUCCAUUCUGCAGUGUUUACAUAUGUCUGCCAUGGGCAGCGAUGAACAUGUUAGAAUGGAUGCUGCAUACUUUUCAGGGCAGGCUCGGUACUCCCAGAAGCCUUUGUGUGGACCCACAGAUGUCUUUUUCAUGUUGCCAUCACGGGAGGAAAACAGAUGAGCAUUUGCACUUUCUGCAGUUCCCACUAGCCCUUUCACUGGCACAUUGUUUGUUGUUUGGAUUACGUCUAGCUAGUGAUGAUGCUCUUAUUAGCCUCAGUGUUUGUAUCUAGUUGGACUGAAUGUUGUCAAAGUAGCUUGGAGCACUUCCCCUCGCCAUAGUAGUGAUAAACAGCAGUUUCUUUUUUCAAAGGGCUGAUCUUUUAGAAAAUAGUCUUUGUUGCAGAAUUCAGUUGUUGAAAGCAGUAAGGCGAUGGCCUGGUAAAGCUGUAAAAGCCAAGGUCAUGGCUUUUGAGAAGCCACAUGGAAGUAACUUAUGCAAGGAGGACUAGUGGAACUCAUGCAAUGUGUAUUUUCAGCUCUUCUGUGCGUCAGUGCAGGGAAAUCACAGAAGGACAUUUUGGUCCACAUCUAUUCUCAUAUUUCCAUUUCUAGGGCAUUUACAACAGCAUGAGUGAUCAUUGACAUAACAGUAACAUAAAAACCAGCAUAUUAUGAGAUGUUUACCAAAAAAAAAAAAAAAAAAAAGAAAAAGAAAAAAAAAGAAAGAAAGAAAAAUAUUUCAAGCAGUGCCUGUUUCAGCUCAAAGUCUCAGUGGACUUCCCAUUGUAAAUAUGAAAACAUGACAUAUUCUUUAGGGAAUACAAAAAACAAAAACAAACAAAAAAAAAAACACAAAAAAACAAAACAAAACAAAACAAAAAAACAGUCAACACAGGAUUUAUGGGAUGCCUCUUCCCAUGUUUUAAUCCCCCCAAACGUUUCUGCUUUUAUUUUUUAUUUUAUUAUUAUUUUUUUUUUUUUUAUUAUUUUUGUCUGUCUUUGUUCUGUUCUGUUCUGUUCUGUUCUGUUCUGUUCUGUUCUGUUCUGUUCUGUUCUGUUUUUUUUUGUUUUGUUUUUGUUUUUUGUGCUUUGUUCGAUUUUGGAUAAUUUUGUCAAAUGGGAUACCCCAGUCUCUAUUUAACAGAGAUCCAGUAAUAGUUUGGCAGUGUAUUUCCUAGACUACACUUAGUGCUAUAGUAGAUGACAAAAAUGUCAGAUAUAAAAAAAAUAAAAAUAAAACAAUAAAAAAAAGAUUGCCAGCUCCACAGCAGAGUUUUUUUCUUUUUUCUUUUGCUUCCAUUGCAAAUUCAGUGGUAUUAUGGUAGGUGGGUUUAUAGCAUGUCAACAACACUAACACCAACAAAUGUUGUAAAGUCAUAACGGUUAUUAGUAGUGAUGUGGAAACACAGCAUUGUAUGCAAAUAUUGAUGUAUGUUCUGAAUGUACAUUAUAGAAUCACUUUAUCAAGUUUUUGUGCUUUUACUCACAGUUUAAGGAAAACAGGUGUCCUUCAAGAAGCUGUAUAGUGAAGGCCUUGUUUUAUUUUCUUCUGUUGAUUUCAAGCUUUUCCGUUUUCACAGCUAUAAACAGUAGGCACUGCCUUGCCUUUGAGCUGGUUGCAGUUGUUGCAGGGGCUAAAAAUGCCACAAGAUUAAAAAAUGAGUGUAAAUAACGCUUGACUUUUUUGUGAUUGUUACUGUUAUAUCCAGCCUAUACUGCUAGCAGCUGUUUUUACUGCAGUCAAUUACUGGAAGUGGAUAUAUUUCCUAUGCAAAACUGUUUAAACAAUAAAAUGAGCUCUGCUACAAAGCAA